AUGUCAGACGUACGCGUCAGUGGGGGAGCUGUCAGAUAUGGAGCCACCUAUGGAGGCAACCGUCUGUUCUCCGGAGCCAGAAGCGGCGGGGGUGUUAGCGUGUCUCUGUCCCGCUCACUUGGCUUGUCAAGGGGAGCAGGAGGUGGCCUUGGCUUGGGAGGAGGCCUUGGGGGCGGCUUUGGCGGCGGCUAUGGGGGAGGCCUGGGUAUGGGAGCUGGUGCAGGCGGAGGUGCUCUCGCUUUAGGUGGAGGCUUAGGCCUGGGCGCUGCAGGAGCCAGGGCAGCAGGGUUUAGGGCUGGCGUGGCCCCGUUGAGAGCUCGUCUUGGGGGCAGAGUCUUCAAAGUCGGAGGCUACGGUUUUAACCCAUCCUUCAUCAGCUCCACCACCACAGUGGAUGCAGGUGUCGGUCCAGUGCCCAGCAUCGACCCAUCGCUUCCUUCCCCAGACACAGUGCAGGUCACACGCUUGAAGGAGAAGGAGGAACUGCAGGUCCUCAAUGACAAAUUUGCCAGCUUCAUUGACAAGGCCCGCUCACUCGAGCAGCACAAUGCAGUACUCAGAGCCAAGAUUUCAAUGUUUACUAACCCAGAGCAGGGCGGACCUGCCAGCUCUUCAAUUCUUCUCACAUCUGCCAUCGGAACGUAUAAAUCCCAAAUUGACAGCCUCACAGCUACAAAAGAGGCCAUCAUCGCUGAGAUAGAGCACUACAAAGGCGUCAUUGAUGAUGUUCAGGCCAGGUAUGAAGAGGAAACAUCUCAAACCAAAUCUCUGGAAAUAGAUUGGACUACACUGAAAGAGGAUGUGGAUAAUCUCUACCUAACCAUUUUUGAGCUGCAAACCAACAUCACUGGGCUGGAGGAUCAGAUCGCUCUGUCCAAGCAGGUGUAUGACGCUAAAGUGAAAGAGGUCAGAAACAUUGUGACGGGUGGCGUGAAGUCUGCAGUCUCAAUCUCCGUGGAUAACGCGGCGCAGGCGCAGGAUCUGACCACGGCACUGUCCGAAGUCAAAGCUCACUAUGAAGCCCUGGCUCAGCGCAGCAAACAGGACGCCCUGAUCUCAGUGCAAGACAGUCUCUCCAUGAUGUCAGUUUCUACUCAGCCAAGUUCUCAGACACUCACUACAGCCAAGGAAGAGUUGCGAGUUUACAAACUGCAGAUUGACUCUGUACAGAGGGAGAUUGAGAGGCUCAAAACUGCGAACCUGCAGCUGGAGUCUCAGGUGGAGGAAGCAGAAUUACACUCCAGCUCACAUACAGAGACGUACCAGGACCAAGUCGUUACUCUCAAAUCUCAGCUUGAUGAUCUCAGAAAGCAAAUCACUCAUUAUGGCCAAGAAUAUCAGGAGCUUCUUGCCAGCAAAAUGUCACUGGAGGUUGAAAUCACAGCUUAUAAGAAACUUCUGGACAGUGAGGAGAACAGGCUGAAAUCUGGAGGUGGCAUCACCGUGCACAUGUCUAAGACCGUAGUAGGAGGAGGUGGAGGAGGCGGCGGCGGAGGUCUAGGCCUCGGUGGAGGUGCAGGCCUGGGCGGAGGUGCAGGUUUCGGUGGAGGUGCAGUUUUCGGUGGAGGUGCAGGUCUGGGCGGAUUUGGCCUGGGCGGUGGCCUUGGAGGAGGUUAUGGGUCUGGGCUCGGAAUAGGACUUGGCGGAGGACUCGGCCUUGGAGGAGGUGGCUUUGGAAGCAGUUUCAUGUCCUCAAGCUUGAGCAGCAGUGCUUUGUCAUCAACAGUUUACUGAAGCAUCACAGCCUUCAAGCCACAACAUGAUUCUGAAGUUCAUUGUUUAGGGCAGCGAGGAAGCCAACCAACCACCGCAUGGACGACUCCUCCCAUAAGAUAACACGUUUUGUCUGCAUUAUCAUUAAAGUUGUAACCGAGGACUGAUCCUCCGCUGUAUUUCCUGUGUUAUAUACCUAAGUCAGUCCGAUAAGGCCCCUAAUGGUGUGUUCUUUAAUUCUGUAUAAAUUUGAACAUCAGGGGUGUCACAGGGUUUGUUUUUGCAAAGUUUUGUGUAUUUCUUACAUCAUUUCCUGCCACAAUAAAAAAUUGCUGAG